AUGGCUCAGUACAAGGGGGCUGCCAGUGAGGCGGGCCGUGCCAUGCAUCUAAUGAAGAAGCGGGAGAAGCAGCGGGAGCAAAUGGAGCAGAUGAAACAGCGGAUCACUGAGGAGAACAUCAUGAAGUCAAAUAUUGACAAGAAAUUCUCAGCUCAUUAUGAUGCAGUAGAGGCUGAGCUCAAAUCCAGCACUGUGGGUCUUGUAACUCUGAAUGACAUGAAGGCCAAACAGGAAGCGCUGGUGAAGGAGCGGGAAAAGCAGCUGGCCAAAAGGGCACAGUCCAAAGAACUUCAGCUAAAGCUAGAGAAACUUCGAGAAAAGGAACGCAAGAAGGAAGAGAAGCGAAAGAUCUCUAGCCUGUCCUUCACCUUGGAUGAGGAAGAGGAGCCUGAGGAAGAAGAGGAAGAUAUGGAUAAGGAAGAUAUAGAAGGAGAAGGCAAUGUAGACAUGAACAAGAACAGACGUGUUUCCUACCUUCAGAGAGUUAGCAGUCUAAAUGAAGAGAUCCCUUCAAAGAAGAGAAAAUUAGGGAAGAACCCAGAUGUGGACACAAGCUUUCUUCCUGACCGUGACCGAGAGGAAGAAGAAAAUAGGCUCAGAGAGGAACUUAGACAGGAAUGGGAGGCCAAGCAGGAGAAGAUCAAGAGUGAAGAAAUUGAAAUCACAUUUAGUUACUGGGAUGGCUCUGGGCACCGAAGGACUGUAAACAUGAAGAAGGGGAACACGGUGCAACAGUUCCUGCAAAAGGCCCUGGAGAUCCUUCGGAAAGACUUCAGUGAGCUGAGGUCAGCGGGAGUGGAGCAGCUCAUGUACAUCAAGGAAGAUCUGAUUAUACCUCAUCAUCAUAGUUUCUAUGAUUUCAUCGUCACCAAAGCCAGAGGGAAGAGUGGCCCCCUCUUUAACUUUGAUGUCCAUGAUGACGUUCGGCUACUCAGUGAUGCCACAGUAGAAAAGGAUGAAUCACAUGCCGGAAAGGUGGUGCUAAGGAGUUGGUAUGAGAAGAACAAGCAUAUUUUCCCAGCUAGCCGAUGGGAGCCCUAUGACCCCGAGAAAAAGUGGGACAAGUACACAAUCAGAUGA